CGCGAUCACCUUGCUCAGAUCUCAACCACGAAAGUGCUGCUGCGACGUGGUUUUUCGCAACCGCCAAGCUAGCAGCUCACUGCAACCGUACAAGCAGCCUCUGGUCAGAAUCACUUGGAAUUCUGGUCGAUGCCAUUAUGGACACGGCCAGGUUUGGAAGUGCUUUUUAACUCCGCCCAAGAAACCCAGUCAUCUCAGUCCAUUCAUGCUCCGCCUAGUGACUGCGCACAUGGCGUAUCACGCACAGCAUGUCUGCUCGGUGUCCUCGUUGCGUUCGAAGAACUCUCCCCAUGUCAAAGGUCCGGUCUCGAUCUUCUAUCGGAUAGGCCAGGCGCCGGUAACUCUGCCUCCUGGUUCGGUCUCUGGCUGCGCAAGUUUCUGUCAGCCCGUGUGAAGUCUGGAGUCAAUUCUGGCUUACCCCAAAGCUGAGGCUGACACUUUCAGAUUACAGGCGCGCUCCUUUCUCAUGACCUGUGCGCUCACGAGCAAGCAGGGUAAAUUUUGUCGUUGCGGCGUACCUUCGAUCGAAUCUGGCGCCAUUGCAUCCCAUCUGGCUUUCCUCGACGCGCAGGGUCGUCUAAGAUGAUCUCCAGUGUCACGAAGUCGUGGAAGCGUAAAGAGGAAAUUCAAACGCUGGUCCUUGUUCGGUCGAGAACACAGCUUCCAUGUGGUGCGCGCUGGAGAGGCUUUCAGACAGAAUGCUACCGCUGGCAGGUGUCUGUUCGUUGUCCGACCUGCGAAGGCCAGCCCAUGCGUGUUGAGUCCGCGGCCGCCGUUGAGAAUGAGAUAUCACCAGCCAAGCCCACCGCAGGAAUUGAUGACGUUCGGAGAGUCUUAUGCACCGAAAUUACAUAUUGCUUGGGAACCGCGAUAGGUGUCUGGAGGACGGACGGACAUCUGUCGGGAAAAUCAAAAUUUGCCCACUCAUCAGUUCACAGCAGGAUCUGCGCUCAUAGCACUUUUUUUGGUCAUUGGCCCGCAGACAUCUAUCAGGACCUGAGCCAUUCGCCAUUCAUACUGCCUAUGAGGAAUAGAAAGGAACUACUCACCCAUCAUCUUCCGCUGUCACCGUAACGACUCGAGGAGUCUGGAGCUGAGGGGUCAGGCAUCACAUGAUUUCUGAGACCGAUGAUGUCCACCACGAAUGUCGAGAAUUGGUCCUUCGGACUAGGAGCCCCCGCGCAACAGCAGCAGAGAAGUGUUCUCGCACUUUCGAAGGUGGAGUAGUAGUCAUGGGGUGUGCCCUAUAAAACAGUCCCCAGUUGCGGGCUGGAGCGCCAUUCAGGCGAUGUGGAAACUCAGCACUCAUCAGCUCGCCAUCGGGCUCGGCCUCGCGCUGCCCUUGUGCAACGCCGUCGCCCCAAGUGGGCCGUGGGACGCAUUCAACUACGCGCCGGCGUCGAAAACCGUGCGCCCGGUGUCGGUGCGCACCGUCAGCGGCCAAGUCGCGGGCGCGAGCGGGCUCGUCGCGAGUCCGGACGCCCAGGCGACAUUCCAAACCAGCGGCUCGUACGUCGUGCUCGACUGGGGCAAGGAGGUCGGAGGGAUCCUGUCGCUGACGAUCAACAACGCGACGAAGCUGUCACAGUUCUCGCUGUCGUUUACCGAGUCCGCGGAGUUCAUCAGCCCCUUGAAGUCAGACGACUCGUGCCAGCCCGCGCGGCUGCAGAACUGGGACGGGAUCCAGACGUUCCACGCGCCGCUGGCCGAGGGGCUGCUGACGCAGACCGUGGGACAGCAGCGCGGCGGGUUCCGCUUCCUGACCAUCGUGACUGCGAGCGCGGACCCGCUGACGAUCUCGAACAUCUCCUUGGCCAUUACGUUCAUGCCCCACUGGGACGAUCUCAGGGCGUACCCGGGCUACUUCUACGCACCUGACCCCGGGUUCCACGACAUCGACUUCCUGACGAAGAUCUGGUACGCCGGCGCGUAUACGGUACAGACCAACACAAUCCCUCCCCACACAGCGCGCCAGGAGCCGUGCCCGUCAGGAGGUGGCUGGUCCAACGAUGCAUUGGGAGGUGCUGUGACCGGGCCUAUCCUCGUCGAUGGAGCGAAGCGCGACAGGAACAUCUGGCCAGGCGACUGUGGCAUCUCCACGCACACGGAGCUCGUCGCGCUGAGCGACAUGGAGCCGACCAAGAACUCGCUGACGGUGAUGUUCCGCACGCAAAACCCGACGACCGGCGCGCUGCAGUACUCCGGGCCGCCGCUGAACAACCAGGGCAGCGACACGUACAUCUCGUGGUCGCUCAUCGGGACGCACAACUACUUCCUGUACACGGGGGACCUCGAUUUCGUCAAGUCUGUCUGGGCGAACUACACCAAGGCGGUUGGCUUUCUUGAGGGCCAGGUGGACUCGACGGGCCUGAUGAACGUCCCGUCUGCGUUCUCGAACGACUGGGGCAGGGCCGGCGGCGCCGGACACAACUCGGCGGCGAAUGCCUUACUCUAUCGCACGCUCAUCACCGCGGCGGACCUAGCGACGCAUCUGGACAACGUCUCCCUCGCCGCUACUUAUCUCGCCAACGCGACCAAAGUCAAAACCGCGUUCAACACGCUCCUGUGGGACGCCGCUGCGGGCCUGUUCCGCGACAACGACGUCCCGACGAGCAUCCACCCCCAGGACGGCAACGCGCUCGCGGUCUUGUACAACCUCACCACAUCGGACGCGCAGAACAAGGCGGUGAGCGCCGGCCUGACGCAGUUCUGGACGCCCAUCGGGCCACUCAGCCCGGAGCUGAACGACACCAUCAUCCCGUUCGUCGGUGGAUUCGAGAUCCAAGCGCAUUUCAUGGCCGGCGAGGGCGCGCGGGCGAUUGAUCUGAUCGAGCGCGAGUGGGGGUACAUGCUGUACACCAACUUGAGUGUCGAGUCGACGCUGCUGGAGGGCUUCUCGGCGAACGGAUCGCUCGGCUACCGUGCCUCGGCAGGCUACUCCAUGGACCACAGCUUCACAAGCCACUCGCACGGCUGGUCCACAGGACCCACCUCAGCACUGACGUUCUACCUUCUCGGCAUCCAGCUGCAGACGCCGCUCGGCGCGACAUGGAGCGUGUCCCCCAUCCUCAGCGGCCUGCUCGCGGCGGAGGGCGGCCUCGAGACGGGGCUCGGGUUCUUCGGCGUCAAGUGGGCCGUCACGGGCAGCAAGAACGACACCCUCACAGUCGAGCUGCAGACCCCCGCCGCGUCAAGCGGCUCGGUCGUCCUCCCCGGGGUGGGCCCGCUCACGGUUGACGGGCACGUGCAGGCGUCGUCCGCAGGGUCCGCGGAACUGGCUGGGGGCAGCCAUGUUGUCGUCCGGCGCCUGGUUGCUUGAUGGAGCGAGAUGACGAAUGUGGACUGAAUACCGAAGAAGAGAAUCUCAAAUCUGAAUUGCUUAUUAAGUAUUGUGUACCUUGUCUUUCUGGUCGAUAGGCUUGGGGAUGAAAAGUCGGAA